AUGAAAGCAGUAGUCUUUAAAGGACCUCUCCAAGUGGCUCUGGAAGAGCGCCCCCGGCCCCAGAUCCAAGACCCUACAGACGCAAUUGUCAAAGUGCGAUACACAGCGCUAUGUGGAAGCGAGCUUCAUGUCUUUCGAGGUCAUCAACCCUCCAAGACUGAGUUCAUCAUGGGCCAUGAGUUCACCGGUGAGAUCGUCGAGCUGGGAUCCGACGUUCAUUCCUUCCGCCAGGGCGAUCGAAUCGUAUCGCCAUUUACUAUCAGCUGCGGAGACUGCUUCUACUGCGGCGAGGGGUUUUCAUCGCGCUGUGUCAAGGGGCAACUCUAUGGAAGUGCAGUGCUGGAUGGGGGCCAGGCGGAGUAUGUCCGGGUCCCGUUGGCCGAAUCGACCCUGUUUCAUGCACCAGACGCCAUCGACGAAAAGAAGCUUGUUCUGAUGGCGGAUAUUUUCCCAACCGGUUAUUUUGCCGCAAGUAAUGCAUUUCGAGGACUGGGACCGUCCAAAGUCCAGCAGAGUACCGUCUUAUUGUUUGGAUGUGGGCCUGUCGGGAUUUGCGCUUUGAUCAGCGCACUGGAGCAUCGACCGAAGCAUUUAAUCGCCAUUGAUAGCGUCAAGCCUCGUUUAGAGCUGGCGGAAAGACUGGGAGCCGAGUCUUGGAAUUUCCAGGAGAAUGAGGAUGGCCUUCGGAAGCGGGUGAAAGAGCUGACGGACAACCGCGGUGCCGAUAUCGUUAUCGAGGUGGUGGGCCACAGCAGUGCGCUACGAAUGGGAUUCGAGAUGCUUCGCCCUUGGGGAGUGCUUUCCAGUGUUGGCGUGCACAACGGCGAGAUACCGUGGACAGGAAAUGAGGCCUAUGGGAAGAAUCUGCGUCUGCAGAUGGGACGCUGUCCAGUUCGCAGUGUUUUUGGAGAGGCUAUGGAACUGCUGGUAAAGAAGCAAGAUAUGCUCGAUUUCAUGGCCGAUGAUAUUCGGCCCCUGUCCCAGGCUGUGCAAGCAUACGAUGACUUCAACGGUAUGAAAUCACAAAAGAUCAUAUUUGAGGCAGACAAAUGA